GUCGCGAUGUCGGAAUCCACCACGUGGAAGAGCGCGUCGGGUGGCCUUGCUGCCUGGCUCAUCGCCCUGAUCGUUAUAAUGGUGCUCCUGUGCUGCCUCCUGAUCAUCUGCCUGCCGCUCCUCUGCCUCUGCGGCUGCUGCGGACUCACCUGCUCCGCGUGCUUCGCCUGCGGCGCUGCAUGUUGCAGUGAUUGCGAGGGGUGUGGCGAUUGUGGCAAUUGUGGCGAUUGCGGCGGUGGGUCUGGCGAUGGAUGUGGUGAUUGUGGCGAUUUGGGGGAUGGUGAUGGUGACGAAAUCGUUUAGUUUGGCGAUAAUUCAAGUUUCCAUCGAAAUAAACGUACUAUUCAGAUCUCCGAUUCAAAAGUCCAUAAAUUGCAUGUGCACAGAUAUAGAUUCACUAGGAGCAGCCGUACGCUCAAUGACAAAAUUAUUCAAGGCUACCAGGAAUCCAACGUAAAGGAAACCACAUUUUAAAAUACUUCAUUUCAUCGAGCUCGAAAAUAACCGGAUUUCAGUAAGCUGCGACUGUACACUUAAAAUUAAAAAAAAAACUGUACCCAAAAUCGAAAUUCUUAAGAUGCUAUGCAAGGAACGAGGGUCCAAUCUGUAAUCGAAAUCGUCAAAAUUUGCAAUUUAUUUCCCAUAAGCUAUGGCGAAGUUGACUUCCAUAUCUGAAUACGAUUUUAGAGAUCUAAACUUUAACAUGACAACUGUGGCGAGCCGAUCGACCACCGAACCACCGGAUACUAACCUUAAGUAUUAUGGACUUUUAUUCAUAUUCGCCGUCAUAUUGGCCUUCAUUGUGGCGUGCUCUGCAUGUAUGGCUCUUCUCGUCCUUUUUGGUUGUAUGAAGUCCUUUUUCUGUAUUCGCUGUAGACGGCGUGACGAGUUUACAGAAGUUAAUCCCUGACUGGGAUAACAGUUGCGUCAUCUUAUCUGAAAAUUGUGCUAAUAAAGUUAUAUAUUUUGUAAAAA